ACACAGAAGCAUUUGCCAAAGGCGUGGUGCUCCUAUUCUGAUUCACAUCAUGUUUUUGCUCCUUCUUUACGAGACAACCAUGUUUUUCCAUCCAGAUGUUCAGCCAAUGAGAAGUCGGUGCUGUUUCCAGUGAAGGAAGGAGGCGGAGGAAGGAAUGCUGCAGGAUGCUUAUUAUUAUGGCUGUCAAACCCAAUGUCGACUAGAUAAAACAGCAUUUUUCAUGUAAGAUUUACGGGCACGAUGGGCACCAUGUCGGCUACAGCUGUCGCGGUGUGGCUGGGUUCGGUUUACCUAGUGCAUGCCUAUGAUACGAAACACAGCGCUUUACAUGAGAGAAAUAUUCGUAUGGAGCAAUCCCUGGCCUUGAAGCAGAGAACAGCCCUGUACAGAGAUGUGGUCACCAUCUUGUCGAGGUCACAUGCAGACCGUAACGUCUACCCAUCUGCAGGAGUGCUGUUUGUCCAUGUUCUGGAGAGAGAGUACUUCAAAGGAGAGUUUCCUCCUUACCCAAAAUCAGGCGAUGCCAGCAACGACCCGAUCACUUUCAACACCAACCUGAUGGGCUACCCCGACAGGCCGGGCUGGCUGCGUUAUAUCCAGAGAACUCAACAUAGCGACGGAGUGCUCUAUGGUUCCCCCACUGCAGAGCAUGUUGGCAAGCCCACCGUCAUAGAGAUUACUGCCUAUAACAGACGCACUUUCGAGACGGCACGGCACAACUUGAUCAUAAACAUCAUGGCCACAGAGGAGUUCCCCUUGCCCUACCAGGCAGAGUUUUACAUCAAAAACAUGAAUGUGGAGGAAAUGCUGGCUAGCGAGGUGCUGGGGGACUUCUUGGGAGCGGUGAAGAACGUAUGGCAGCCUGAGCGGCUCAAUGCUAUCAACAUUACCUCGGCACUGGACCGUGGUGGCCGUGUGCCGCUUCCUAUCAACAACCUGAAAGAAGGUGUUUAUGUGAUGGUCGGUGCAGAUGUUCCCUUCUCAUCUUGCCUUCGGGAGGUGGAAAGCCCACACAACCAGUUACGCUGCAGUCAGGAAAUGGAGCCUGCCAUCAGCUGUGACAAAAAGUUCAGAGCUCAGUUUCACAUUGACUGGUGUAAGAUCUCUCUGGUUGACAUCAACAAAGUAGUCCCAGUUUAUAUUACCCGUCCCGAUCCAGGCACCGGAAUCCUGCCCGAAUUUGGGGAGUACAAUCCCCCGUCUGAAUCUCUGAAGAGCCGGAACUACUUUUCUGACUUCCUUGUCACCCUGGCCGUUCCCUCCGCUGUGGCACUAGUCCUCUUCUUCAUCAUCGGCUACACUAUGUGCUGCAGACGGGAAGGGGUGGAAAAAAGAAACAUGCAAACACCAGACAUCCAGCUUGUUCACCACAGCUCCAUCCAGAAGUCCACCAAGGAGCUGCGGAGCAUGUCUAAGAACCGGGAGAUCUCCUGGCCCCUCUCCACCCUGCCCGUCUUCAACCCAGUCAGCGGCGAGGUGGUGCCGCCCAUCCACCCGGACAACUACGAGACCACCAGCAUGCCCCUAAUGCAGACACAGGCGAAUCUGCAAAACCAGAUUACGAUACCACAGCAACGGCCAUCGGGAGACAAUUAUGUCAUGUCAACAUUUCGAAGGCUGGAGGUAAAUGGUAUUCCUGAGGAGAGGAAAGUGGCUGAAGCACUGAAUUUAUGACCAGAAGCACCAGUGUCACAGCUGACUUUGUUCCAACUUCUCUUAUCUUUUUUUUUUCUAACAUUCGUGCCAAUCUGCAUGUCUCAGAAGUAAAGUUUUAUCAUCCACAUGCACUCACACUUUGAAGAGUGAGCGUGAAAGAGAACAGCUAAGCUGAUUAUAAAGAUAUCUUAGAAUAUUUUUAAAUAUUUGUGUAAAUGUUACAAUUAUGAUCAGUAUGUUUGUAUCUCGACUUGCUUUGCACAAAGGACCCCUUAGAGGGAAAGGGAGUUUUACAUUGAAAUGCUUUAGUUGUCAUCUGUUAUUAAUUUUAUGUGAUGUGUCACAUGAUGGCAAUAAAUUCUUUCAAAAUAA